GUUACACCUUGCGUUAAUUUUCUUCUAGACAAGAUUCUGAAAGUCUGAAAAUAGCCGCCAGCAAAGUGGAGAAAAGAUGGAAAACAGUGGUGCAAUUCUUCGUUUCUGGGCACGUGGGACUCACGAACGCAGUCAUUUUGUUGAGACUACUUACAGAUCUGCCAAGAGAUGGGCAACAAAAACUAUUUCUUUAUCCUUCUUCACCAUCCUUUACGCUGGCUGCUUCAUAUAUUGGCUGCAUAUUUCUGUUAUUCCACGUUCUCUUGAGCCUUCAUUUACCUCUGAAAGUUCCCUUCACAAUCAUGCCGUUCAAAUCAACUGCUCAGCCUCUGAUUUGUCAAUCUGCCCAGCCGACUAUAUAUUUCCACCCAAAAUUAGAGAAUUACAGAGUGAAGAAUGUCCUGAGUACUUUCGAUGGAUCCACAACGACUUGCAGCCAUGGAAGAAAACGGGAAUAACCAGGGAAAUAAUUGAAAGCGGAAAAGAUCAUGCCCAUUUUAGACUAGUGAUUGUUGAAGGCAAGGCUUAUGUGGAGAAGUAUAAAAAGCCAUAUCAAACUAGGGAUCUAGUCACAAUAUGGGGCAUUUUGCAGCUGCUGAGGUUGUACCCAGGAAAGGUACCAGACUUGGAGCUGAUGUUUUGGUGUGAGGACAAGCCAGUGAUCCUCAAAAUUGACUACCAAGGACCAAAUGCAACUUUUCCACCUCCUGUGUUUCACUACUGUGGACACAAUGAAUCUUUGGACAUUAUUUUCCCAGAUUGGACCUUCUGGGGUUGGGCUGAGACCAAUAUAAAGCCAUGGGGAAGCAUAUUGGAAGACCUAAAAAAAGGAAACAAGAAGAUUCAAUGGCAAGAUAGAGAGCUCGCAUAUUGGAAAGGAAACCCCAAUGUGUCUUUCACUAGAUGGGACCUAAUGAAAUGUAAUUUAUCAGAAAGACGUGACUGGAAUGCUCGCCUCCAUGUCCAGGACUGGAAAAAAGAAGCGGAGGAGGGCUAUCAGAAUUCCAAAUUAGAAGAUCAAUGCACCCACAGAUAUAAAAUUUUUGUAGAAGGCAGAGCCUGGUCAGUGAGUGACAAAUACAUACUGGCAUGCGAUUCCAUGACAUUGAUGUUAGAGCCUGAAUAUCAUGAUUUCUUUUUAAGAAGCUUGAUGCCCAUGAAGCAUUUCUGGCCCAUCAGAACCACAAGGAAAUGUAGGGAUAUUAAAUUUGCAGUCGACUGGGGCAAUAAGCACAGUCAGCAGGCUCAGGCCAUAGGGAAAGCAGCAAGCAAAUACAUUCAGGAGCAGCUCAAAAUGAAGUACGUUUAUGAUUACAUGCUUCAUUUGUUAAUCGAAUACUCAAAGCUUUUGAGAUUCAAGCCACGAAUACCUCAAGAAGCGAAGCAGAUUUGUUCACAGGAAAUGGCUUGCUCGGAAGAAGGUUUUUGGAAACAAUUCAUGAUGGAGUCAAUAGUGAAUUCUUCCAGUGAGACAGCUGCGUGCACAUUACCUUCUCCUUUUGAGCCCGUUGCCCUUCGAGCCUUUUUCGAGAAUAAAGAGAUGGCAAAGAAACAAGUGGAAAUGUGGGAGGCUGAAUUCCGGGAAAAUCUAGAGAAAUAGCAGUUGUGACCUAUGUUAUACAGUAAUUUAAUUGCUAUAUUUUCUGCCUCAAUUUGUUUCUUCAAGCCAUUAUCUGCUUUUAUACUAUUUGAUUGACUCA